AUGCCCUUCGCACAACUCGUCAUCGGGCCGCCGGGCUCUGGAAAGUCGACUUACUGCGAUGGAAUGCAACAGUUCAUGGGCGCAAUCGAGCGCAAGUGUUCCGUCGUCAACCUCGACCCCGCGAACGACCACACCUCAUACCAGCCUGCUCUAGACGUCCGAGACCUGGUCACAAUAGACGAGAUCAUGGAGCAGGAGACUCUGGGCCCAAACGGAGGGGUCUUGUUUGCGCUCGAGGAACUGGAGCACAACUUCGACUGGCUAGAAGAGGGCUUGAAGGAACUUGGAGACGACUAUGUCCUCUUCGACUGCCCCGGCCAGGUCGAACUCUUCACGCACCACGGCUCGCUGCGCAACAUCUUCUUCCGCCUACAAAAACUUGGGUAUCGACUCGUCGUCGUACACCUGACCGACUCCAUCAUUCUCUCGCGACCGUCGCUAUACGUUUCCUCUCUCCUACUCGCCCUACGCAGCAUGCUGCAGAUGGACCUGCCCCACUUGAACGUCCUCACAAAGAUCGACAACCUCCGAAACUACCCAAACCUGCCUUUCAACCUCGACUUUUACACUGAAGUCCAGGAUCUACAAUACCUCCUGCCGCACCUCAACCGCGAACAGACAUCUGGCAUUCCAGGCCCUACAACAGCUGGCACGAACGACGUAGACCCAGACGACGACGAGCCAACAUCAAAGUUCUCCGCGCUCAACAAGGCGAUCGUGGAGCUCGUUGAGGACUUUGCGCUGGUAGGGUUCGAGACACUGGCUGUAGAAGACAAGAAAAGCAUGAUGACGCUGCUGCGGGCUAUCGAUCGUGCAGGCGGCUUUGCGAUGGGCGGCAUAGAAGGCGCAAACGACACAGUGUGGCAGAUGGCUAUGCGCGAGAACGGGGCGACUAUGGACGCCCGCGAUGUGCAGGAGAGGUGGCUGGAUAGGCGGGACGAGCUAGAUGAAGAAGAGAGGAAGGCAUGGGAGGACGAGACCAAAGACAUGCGCGAUCCACCACCGCAGAACGCUCCUCAAGUAAUCCCCACAUCGAAGCCUCCAUCGAAACCUCCAGCAAAGCCCAAAAGCCACGACAGCGAUGACGACAUGGACGACCUGGAGGAGAUGCGACAGUUCAUGGAGAAGAAGAAUGACACCGGCAUCAAUGUUGUCAGAAAGUGA